AUGAUCCCAAAAACAUCUAAAUGGGAGAAAGAAGACGAAGAAGAAGAUAUUUUGCAUUCUGAAUGGGUCCGUUUGGAAAAAGAGCGAAAAAAAGCGGAGAAAUUACGAAAAAAACAGGAAAAAAUAAGCAAUAAUGAUAAUUUAUUAAGAAACAUGAGUCAAAACAAUUCACUUGACAUAGCAUCUAAAAAACGUUCUUAUGAUCCUUCUAAUAAUAACAAUACUAGUCCAAGAAAUACUUUAGAUGAUUCAAAAUAUACAGACAACAUAGAAAAUUCUAAGAAAACCGUUAAAAAAUCAAGAUAUGAAAUAUCCCAAGAAGAAAAAGAAAAAAACAAUAUAUUUGAAAAAGCUCCAUGUAUUUCUAGAUGCCAGAGUGUUGAAAAAUAUGAACGUUUAAACCGUAUUGAAGAAGGAUCAUAUGGAGUUGUAUACCGGGGCAGACACAUUGAAACGGGAGAAAUAGUGGCAUUGAAAAGACUUAAACUUGACAAAGAGAAGAAUGGAUUUCCAAUAACUAGUUUAAGGGAAAUAAGGACCCUGUUUGCGCUUCAACAUCCAAAUAUUGUUAAUAUACGUGAAAUCGUUAUCGGGAGCUCAUUGUCUCAAAUAUUUAUUGUAAUGGAUUUUGUGGAUCACGACUUGAGAUCUUUAAUGGAAGACAUGGCAUACAACUUUUUGCAAUCCGAGGUUAAAACACUAAUGCAACAACUUUUAUCAGCAACAGCACAUAUGCAUCACAACUGGGUUCUGCAUAGAGAUUUAAAAACGUCCAAUCUCCUAAUGACAAACCGAGGAAUGAUCAAAAUUGCGGAUUUUGGUCUCUCGAGAUAUUUUGGAGAUCCAGCAUCUCCAUUAACACAAUUAAUUGUUACCUUAUGGUACAGAUCACCGGAAAUACUUUUAGGAACACAAGAAUAUGGCACUGCAGUGGAUAUGUGGUCAAUUGGAUGUAUUUUUGCAGAACUAUUAACACGUGAGCCAUUAAUACGGGGAAAAUGUGAAAUUGAUCAGCUUAUGAAGAUAUUCGAGCUAAUAGGUAUGCCAACAGAGGAAACCUGGCCCGGAUUCACCAACCUUCCUAAUUCAAAAAACAUAAAUUUUCCAAAGAAAAAAUUCAAUGAAGGCUCUCGCUUGCGAACAAAAUUUCCAUUUCUAACAAAUGCAGGCAUUGAUCUUCUUACAAAACUCCUAACACUAGAUCCAAAAAAACGUAUCUCAGCACAAGAAGCACUAAAUCACUCUUAUUUUACUGAAGACCCAAAACCAAAAGACCCCGCACUAUUUCCAACAUUUCCCAGCAAAGGAAGCCAAGAAAAGCGUCGACAAUACGAAAGUCCACAUGCACCACGUGCACAAAAAUAUGAUCAGGACCAGUAUCCUGCUACACCAAAAGAAUCCGAUGACUGGAACAGAACAAGAAAGGAUUAUUUUCAACUUCGAAUCAGCUAA